AUGACGUUGCUGGUCGUCAAGCAACGCCGACGGUUUCCAAAUGCGUCGUUCACCGUCGUGAUCUCUCUCCUGCUAUGCGUCGUGUCCAGCAUACUUGGCUGUGCCGCCCUCGUAGCCAGUCCUACCUCAGAGCAUGACGCGUCGAGCAGCAGCACAAGCUACAACUUGAUCGACGUCUUGGCAGACUCCACCGAGCACACGCUGCUACUGCGCAUGCUGCAGCGAACCAGGCUUCUUCCUACGCUCAACCGUCUGAUGGAGUUCGACGAUGGCCGAGGGCUGACGAUCUUUGCACCGACUGACGAGGCUAUCGAACGCAAGCGGGAUGCUGAGCAAGCCAAACGAUUGGCAUCUGCGCACAGUCUCCAUUUCCAAGCGCCAGAGCAGAUGUACGAGGACGAGGAUGGUGUAGAGCUGCUCAGUCCUGCUUGGGCAUAUCCACGCUCUGCAAAGAGUGUUUGGGAGUGGGCUGUCGAUCUGGCGACGCACGACUCGGAGCAAGAGGGGCUCUCACCACCGCACCCAGCCAUGAGCGGAGCCGAGCUGCAUUUACCCGUCACUGGCUUUUCGGGCACGGGCCAAGCAUGGUUGAAGGUCGACAACAUUGAAGCUGCACUGCGUGCUCAGCUUCUCUACCACAUGAUCAACUAUACGUUGCCUCUCGAUGUGUCCGAGGGGGUUGUAGUGGCACGGGAUGCUGCCACAUUCGAGGACAACAAGGGUGCAGCACAAAUGCUGGAGACACUUCAUCGCCCCUCAAGCACCACACUACACACUCGACCUGGUACAGUGCCCCACCCGCCUUCCAGCCCCGGCUCAGAGGACAACGGUUGGCUGCUGGGCGGCGAGGGUCAGCGGUUGAGGAUGGCUAAGCGGGCCGAAAAGGGAGAGCAGGACUCAUUGUGGGUGGGCACCGACGUUACUGGAAAGGAGAGCGGUGCGAAAGUGUUCAAUACAAAUCGCAAUAGCUCCGCUGGUGUCAUAUUCUCCAUUGAUGGUGUCCUCGAGCUUCCGCCAGAUUUCGGUGAGCACUGCUCUUGAUCAACUGCACCGCACCGAAACAUCUGACUUUCAGUUUACUUUCGAAUCAGAGACACUACUGUCCGCGCAUCCUGCGCUUCAGCACCUCACGAAUCUCAGCAGUGCUGCGCUGCUCAGCACUCUUUCCGAAGCACCUCACACCACCUUUUUCUUACCCAAUGCUGCAGCUUUCGGCAAGCUCUCGGAGCUGGAGCGCACCUUUCUGACUGGCGCUACUGAUCUUGCAGCGCAGGACCGGGUCAAGCUGAUCGGCUGGCACAUGAGCGGCAUAGGUGUGGGCGAAGGUCGGAUUGGGUACGCUGAACGACUUAGGAAGUCCGGGACGAACAGUGAGUGAUGCGAAAACAGUCAUCUGUAGCGCCAGUGCCCAGUCAAUUCUAAUGUGCGUCAGUACUUCGUACUUCAGUCACGACCAUCCUAGGCGGGCAAGUACCCGUCAGCACGGCGAGCAAUGGAACCGUCACGGUCGGAAAUGCAACACUAGUCGAAGAAGACAUCCUAAUCGAGAAUGGUGAGUUCCAAUGCGUGACUUCCGCAGAUGGCGACGAUGUUAUCCAGCCUGCUCCACUGCCUGACACCGCUUCGGACGCCAGGUGUCGUGCACAUCGUGGAUGAUCUGCUGCUGCCAGGAGGAACAUUUGGCAUGAAUAUCGAACGCACACUGCUGGCUCUCAAUUGCACUCGCUUUGUCAGCCUCGUCCACAAUGCAGGUCUGUCGGCAUACAUCGACAAUGACAUCCGCGAUCCAGAUGGAGAGGGCACGAAUGCCACCUGGACAUUCAUGGCUCCUCGCGACGAUGUGCUGGAUGAGUGGAUCGAGCGCGGUGCCCCGACCGACGGCAGCAGUGGCGCGGUGGACGCUGAGUACGCUGAGCAGCGGUGGGGAGUGCCCAGCCACUUGGCUACAUUGCAUCUCGACGAAGACCAUGUACUACAAGCCGGGAUCAACGGGACGAAGCUGGAAGAACUGUUGCGUUACCAUAUCGCCCCUGGACGACUGACGCCGAAAUCUUUGCAAGACGGAAUGCUCAUCGGAACCGAGCUUCGAGAUUGGAAGCUCAAGUUCGGAAGACAACGCGUCGCUGUCGAAGUAGCCGAAGAUCCGCGUCAAGAGAAGGAUCGUCAAGGCAACGGUGAUGUGGCGUUUGGCGACGCGAAUGUCAUUGCGAAGCCGGUCGAGGUAGGAGGCAGUAUCAUCUACCUCAUCUCGCAGCUGCUCCAAGUUCCGCUCAAUCCGAUUCAAACGGCCGUCUCAUCCUUGACUCUGUCGACAUUCGUCGCAACCGUAUUCAGCGCCGAGUUGGACAAGCCCAUCAAGAGAGCUCCAGGGAUCACUUAUUUUGUGCCUCACAACGACGCCUUUUCUGCCCUCGGCUUGGCCAUGAACUACCUCUUGCUUCCGCGUGAGGGACCUCGCGCAGAAUUGCGCUCGGUGGUCGAAUAUCACGCUGUGGACCGAGUCGUCUACGUGCAGGAUUUCGUGAAAGGGGCAAAGAAGUAUCCCACGCUUGAAGGUAGCCCUAUCUGGGCCGGACAGUCGGAGAAUGGCACCAUUGAGCUUCGACGAGGGACGGAAGGUCGCGAUGCGAGGGUGCUGCAGGGUGACCUUCUCACAAGCACUGGCGUCUUGCACGAGAUCGACCAAGUCGAGCUACCUCCCACGCUAGACCUGACGAUUCGCAAGCUGAUGACAGGUGCCAAAGCGCAGACGAUGAUGAGUCUCAUUGAAGAAGCCGGCUACGGCUGGAUACUCAACGGCACAGCCCCGACAAGCCCUGAAGCAGCUGCAGAACUCGAACGCAACUCUGCUGCUGUGCAAGGAAAUGGGGGCAAGAAAGGAGAACGCAAGCGUCAUCGCAAGCGACACAACCUCUUCGCUGAUGGUGGCCAAUCUUAUGUGGUGCUUGUCCCGACUGACGCAGCAUUUGCCAGAGUCAAUUUGACCUACUACUUGGAAGACCGCGAAGCCUUGAGGGAGCUUGUGCAACUGCACAUCAUCCCCUCUCCUGCGGACGUCAUGCUGCCAGGAGGAACAUCAGACCGACUACCAAUCGCGCUAAGCAACGACUUUGGCUUUACGUCUUUGCUCGAUCGGAGUCUCGGUGGAGCUAGCAGGUACGGCAAGCUAGGCUUCAGGAAGGAAAAGCACGCAGAGAAGAAUGAUGAUGGCGGUGCUCCGGAUCUGAACAAGGGUCUAGGUUGGGUCGUGGGUGUGCAAGGCUCGCGCGGCAAUGACCAUAGACAGCAUUCUGCCAAUGUCCUCAGCUUUGGCAGAGAGUCCUUGUCAUCCACCAGAGCGGAUGCUGAUUCGGCUCAAGAAAAUGAUAGGGGCAAGGGCUUGUUGAGCAAGAGAAGAGGACGAAGCCGUCUGCCUACGCCCAUCGAUGGACAGGAGGCAUGGAACUCUCGCAGCAUUGGCGGAGUCCUCACUCUCGACGCUGUACUGCAACCUUACGAGCCUGGGUGGUUCUACAGUUGUAAGUGAACAUUUGCUCGGCCUGGUCCCUCGAACUUCCUUGUCUCACGCUGCGGAGCAACUUUUGCACCACGACAGGGGGCUGGAUCGUGCUUACCGUCAUCAUGGUGGGCUGUGUUCUGACUGGGAUGGGGUUCGGACUGUGGAGAUGGUGGCAUCGUGACGGUCGUAUUCGCUUACCCGACGCUCUUGAGGGUUAGUAUGUGCGACUUGGUUGCGACGCCCGUGUGAAGGCUGACAAUCCAGCCCUUAUCGAUGCGAUCCACAGGCGAAGAAGAUUGA